UGAAUUUACACGUGAAUAUGAUGAUGAUAAUAAAAUGGAUAUAUAUAGGAUGGUAUCAGAAGAACGUUUUUUCUACUUUAUUUUUUUCUGAUCUGAUUGAUCAUUGUACUACAUAAUCGAGAUAAUGCAACAUAUGAAUGUUUAGCUGAAAAUGGUAUCGGUGAACCGGUCCGUGCAACAGCAAUACUUCAUGUUUAUCCUGAGGAAAAAAUACCGGAAGGAUUUCCAUCGUUUACAUUACAGCCAAAUAUGCAAGGUGUUGAAAAAGGCCAUAAUGCAUUAUUACCAUGUCGUGCAGUUGGCGAUCCAGAACCACAAAUAUAUUGGCUACGUGAUACAAUACCAGUGGAUAUGACCAAUCCACGUUAUUCACUAUAUCAAGGAGCAUCAUUGAAAAUUUUACAAGCUCAAGAAGUAGAUGAAGGUCCGUAUGAAUGUGUUGCUGAAAAUAAAGUCGGUACUGCUUAUUCGGAAAUGGCUUCACUUCAUGUUCGAAUUCGUGUUGUACCACCAUAUUUUACGAUACCACCGGAAAAUAUCUAUGAAAUAAUGCCACAUAAAGAUCUUAAUCUAACUUGUGUUGCAUCCGGUUCACCAUUGCCCGAAGUACGAUGGCGUAAAGGUGCCAUUGAAAUGAAUAAAGAUAUAAUACCACGUGGCCGUAAUGUACUUACAUUAACAAAUGUAAAAGAAUCAGAUAAUUAUACUUGUGUGGCAACAUCGGAACAUGGAUCGAUAGAAAAAACGGCACAAGUUAUUGUUCGAUCAUUGCCAGGACCACCUACCAAUGUACAAGCAUCGGAUGUAACACCAACAUCUGUUCGUCUUGCAUGGAAUUAUGAUUUUGGUUCCGAAGAUAUUGCCUAUUUUAUUAUACAAUAUAAACCAAAAAAUGCUGGACAAUUUUCUGAAAUCAGUGGCAUAACCACAUCAUUCUAUGUAAUCAAUUCAUUAACACCAUAUACUGAAUAUGAAUUCUAUAUCAUUGCUGUCAAUACGAUUGGUCGUGGCCAACCAUCAUCAUCGAUUACGAUCACAACAGGCGAAACAAGACUUAACAAACUAGGAUCAUAUCCACGAAAUGUUCAAGCACGGCCAUUAUCAUCAACAACCAUAGUGGUACAAUGGGAACCACCCGAAGAGCCUAAUGGCCAAGUGACUGGUUAUAAAAUUUAUUAUACAUUAAAUCCAAAUCUUCCUAUCAAUUCAUGGGAUGUACAAUCGGUUAAUAGUAAUGAGCUUACAACAAUAUCCGAUCUACAAGCACAAUCGAUUUAUUCGAUACGUGUACAGGCAUUUACAACACGUGGUGCUGGACCAUUAUCACCACCGGUUCAAGUUAAAACACAACAAGGUGUACCUAGUCAACCAUUAAAUCUAUUGGCCACAUCAAUAUCGGCAACAUCCGUACAAUUAACAUGGAAUAAACCAAGUCAUACUGGUGAAUCGAUUAUUGGUUAUGAAAUAUAUUGGAACGAUACAUUCACCAAUCAAGAAUAUAAACGUGCCGUUCCUGUAGUGGAAACAUAUAAACUAACCGAUUUAUAUCCAGAUACAUUGUAUUAUAUUUGGAUUGCUGCCAAAUCACGUCGUGGUGAAGGUGCUGCAACACCUCCGAUUCCUGUGAAAACUGAUCAAUAUGUGCCGGAAACACCACCCAAAGAAGUUUAUGUAAGAGCAAUAGGUUCACGUUCAUUACGAAUACGGUGGCAACCACCCGAAGAUUCUAGUGUACAGCAUAUAAUUUAUUAUAAAAUUCGUUAUCGUGAAAUCACCAACGAACAAGAUGAUGAUCACGAUGAUGAUGAUGAUGAUGAUGAUGAUGAUGAUGAUGAGAAUAGUUAUCGAACAUCAAUAUCAACAAACGCAGAGCCAAUACAAUUAGAAAAAGUAUUUGAAAUAAACAAUUCGAAUCGUGAUACAUAUCCAUAUGAAUUGAUUCUGAAUGAAUUGAAACAUUGGACACAAUAUCAGGUGGAAAUAUUAGCUGGCACAAAAAUUGGUGAUGGACCACCAUCUGAUCCUAUUGUUGUUCGUACCGAAGAAGAUGUUCCGGGUGAACCACGCGAUGUAAAAGUAAUGGCAAUCAAUUCUUCAUCCGUACAAGUUCGAUGGAUACAUCCGGAAGAUUCUGAACAUAAUGGCCUGAUUCGUGGCUAUCAAAUUCAUGUACAAGAAAUUGAUAGACUUGGUGAACCUACUGGUGAACAAUUACGUUUUGAUGUUGCCGAUGGUUUGGCACAAGAAUUUAAUGUUACAUCAUUACAACCGGAUACCGAAUAUUCGGUUCAAGUUGCAGCUGUAACAAGAAAAGGCGAUGGAACUCGUAGUCGUGCUGUCAAUGUUAAAACUGCCGGCGGUGUUCCAACCAAACCGGAAAUAUUUAUCAGUUUUCUAAAAGAUGAUCCACGAAUGUCUGUAAAAGUUUAUUGGACUAGACCGAAUCAAACAUUUAGUCAAUUAUUGGAAUAUAAACUUCGUUAUGGACGUGUUGAUGAUACGGUCAGAGAUGAAGUGAUAAUGCCAGCCACUGAAACAUUAAAAAUUAUUGAAAAUUUGGAACGUGGCACACGUUAUGAAUUUAGAUUAAGUGGACGUAAUUCAGUAGGCUGGGGCCAAGAAUCUGUUACAUAUUUGGAUACACCAGAAGGAGUUCCAUCGGCUCCACCACAGAACAUAACCGAUCGUUUACAAUCGCCAACUACUGUUGUGUUUACGUGGGAUCCACCCGCCUAUCAACAACAGAAUGGAAAGAUUACCGGUUAUGGAAUUCAUUUUCAUAAGUUAAUAGAUGUCACUCCAACCGAAUACAAUACGACUAACCUUCGAAUGGUGUUCAGUUCGUUGGACGAGAAUACUGAAUAUAAAUUCAGAGCUCGUGCGUAUACAUCUAAAGGUGCUGGACCAUGGUCAGAUGUAUUGCAAAUAAUGACACCUGGAGAUGCACCACCAGCACCAACCAGUGUACAAGCAUUAGCAACAUCGGAAACAUCGGUCGAAGUUUGGUGGGAUGAAAUGCCAUUUUUCAAUGAUAUUCUUGGCUAUACUGUUUUAUAUACACAAAUCGCUGUCGAAGAUCUUGAUCUUUGGUUUCGUCGUGAACUAUCAUUAACAUGGUCGGCUGAAUUAACCGGAUUAGAACCGAAAACAAUGUACGCUAUUCGUGUGGCAGCUUACACUAGAAAUGGUUUAGGUCGAUUAUCAGAAUUGAUUACCGUUCGUACGGAUCCAACCGAAGUUCCAUUGAAUCUUCAAUCAACCGAAGUUACAACUCAUACAAUGACUUUGACUUGGAAACCACCAAGAAAAUUGGAUCCUGUCAAAUAUCAGAUAACCUAUGGUGCAAACAAAGAAUUCUAUGACAGUCAAGGAGUAUUACAACGUUUAAAGAUCGAACCGAAAACCAUUUUUGAAUCUUCAGAUACGAAUGAAUAUAAAUUGAUCAAAUUGAUGCCAUUUACAACAUAUCAAGUAAACGUGACAGCUAUCGCUUCGGAUGAUGGUCAUGUAUAUAGGCCGGCAGCUAAAAUUAUCGUAACGACUGCAAUGGCCGCACCAAAACCUAUGGUAAAACCGGAUACAAUUGAAUCGAAAAAUAAACAGCUGAUCACAGUGAUUCUACCACAAGCAUCGGAAGAAUUUGGCCUAAUCUCUCAUUAUUAUUUGGUUGUUGUACCAAAAGAAUUCGCUGAUAAAGAGCCUGAUUUAUAUACGAUCGAAGAGUUAAGCUCAACACCUAUAGACAAGGUUGGACCUUAUAUUGCUGCCAAAUGGAUGCGACGUUCGAUUCCGAAUACAUUCUCAUUGGGUGAUGGCCAAAAAUAUAAUGGAUUUAUUAAUCGUAAAUUGCAAAAAAAUGUUGAAUAUCGUAUCUUUGUUCGUGCUGUUGUGGAUACACCACAAAAGAGUUUGUUUACAAGUUCACCAUUUUCCGAUCUACUAAGUUUAGAAAAUAAUAUGAAUUUUAUGAGCCAUGAACCAACUCGUGUACAUAUUACCAGUGCGACAUAUGAUCCAAAAGGUGUUCCAAUAAUGGGCCGAACUGGUGAUAAAUCGGGCCCGAUCCUCGUUCUAUCCAUUGUAUUGGCCAUCAUGGUGGUGGUCAUGUCGAUUAUAGCUUGUAUCGUUAAACAUCGACGACAAGUUAUCAAAUCAACUCUAAAUGAUACUUCAAUGAAACAAUUGAUUGCCACAGUAGAACCACAAGAUCAUAUGAUUCAUCCAUCAGAUCCUGUGGAAUUACGAAGAUUAAAUUAUCAAACAUCAGCAAUGCGUGAUCAUCCUCCGAUUCCGAUUACUGAACUUGAAAAUCAUAUUGAACUGUUGAAAGAGAAUGAAAAUCAAAAAUUUUCACAAGAAUAUGAAUCAAUUGAUCCUGGUCAACAAUUUACAUGGGAAAAUUCUAAUCUUCCAGUGAAUAAAUCAAAAAAUCGUUAUGCUAAUGUCAUUGCUUAUGAUCAUAGUCGUGUUGUAUUGCAACCAAUACCAGGUGUACCCGGUUCUGAUUAUAUUAAUGCAAAUUAUUGCGAUGCAUAUCGUAAACCGAAUUCUUAUAUUGCAACACAAGGCCCAUUACCCGAAACAUUUGGUGAUUUUUGGCGUAUGGUAUGGGAACAGAAUAGUUUAUCCAUUGUGAUGAUGACUAAACUGGAAGAAAGAACUAGAAUUAAAUGUGACCAAUAUUGGCCUUCAAAAGGUACGGAAAAAUAUGGUGAAAUUGAAGUCACGUUGAUCAAUUACGAAGAAUUGGCCACCUAUUGUAUACGGACAUUCACAUUGAAACGUGUUGGUACGUUUGAUCUACCGCGUGAAGUACGUCAAUUUCAAUUCACUGCAUGGCCUGAUCAUGGUGUACCAAGACAUCCGACACCUUUUCUAAUGUUUUUACGACGUGUUAAAUCAAUGAAUCCACCUGAUGCUGGCCCAUUGAUUAUUCAUUGUUCGGCUGGUGUUGGUCGUAGUGGAUGUUAUAUCGUAAUCGAUUCAAUGUUGGAUCGUAUUAAAUGUGAAGAUUCGAUCGAUAUCUAUGGUCAUGUUACAUGUUUACGUGCACAACGUAAUUAUAUGGUACAGACCGAAGAUCAAUAUAUUUUCAUCUAUGAUGCUGUUCUUGAAGCCGUUAUAGCCGGCAAUACUGAAGUUGUUUCAAGGGAUUUAUAUAAACAAUUUCAAUAUUUAAUGCAAUUGGUACCUGGUGAAAAUUGUACGACUAUGGAAUUAGAAUUUCAAAAAAUUGCAACAAUGCGUCCAAAUAAUGAUGAGAAUAAAUUUAUAAGCGCAAAUCUUGUUUGUAAUAAACAUAAAAAUCGUCUGAUGAACAUAUUGCCAUAUGAAUCGACCAGAGUAUUUUUACAACCAAUUCGUGGUGUUGAAGGAUCGGAUUAUAUAAAUGCAAAUUUUAUUGAUGGCUAUAAAUAUCGUAAUGCUUAUGUUGCUACACAAGGUCCAUUAAUGGAAACUACCGAUGAUUUUUGGCGUAUGAUUUGGGAACAUAAUUCAAACAUUAUUGUUACAUUAACACAAACACAAGAAAUGGGCCGAGAAAAAUGUCAUGAAUAUUGGCCAAGUGAACGUUCACAACGAUAUUCAUAUUUUGUUGUUGAACCAAUUACCGAAUAUAAUAUACCGCAAUAUAUACUUCGUGAAUUUAAAAUAACCGAUGCUCGGGAUGGCCAAUCUCGUAUGAUUAGACAAUUCCAUUAUGUUGAUUGGCCAGAACAAGGUGUACCGAAAUCUGGUGAAGGUUUCAUUGAAUUCAUUACACAAGUACAUAAAACAAAAGAACAAUUUGGACAUGAGGGCCCGAUUACGGUCCAUUGCAGUGCCGGUGUCGGUCGUACAGGAGUAUUCAUUACAUUAAGUAUUGUACUUGAACGUUUACAAAAUGAAGAUGUUCUUGAUCUAUUUCAAACGGUUCGUACAUUACGUACACAAAGACCGGGAAUGGUGCAGACUGAAGAUCAAUAUCAAUUCUGUUAUCGAGCUAUACUUGAAUAUAUAAGCACAUUCGAUAUGGCUGCUUAAGUUUUAUUUUCUGCCUACUUUUGAAUGGCCCGGAUUAUUUAUGAUCUUAAUGAUGAUGAUGAUAAUGAUUUGAUUUGAUUUGAUUUUGCUCAGGUAUUAAACGUCAAUUAAUUUUGAACUAAAACAAAAAAUAACAGAUAUAUCGCGCUAGUCAAUGCCUACAACAUGGACAACACUUUGUUUUCUAUAUAUAUGUUUUUGGAACCUCGUUUUUUAUUCUCCAUUUAUGAAUUAUUUUGCCGAAUUUUUUUCCCUUAAUCAAAAAAACAAAACAAAACAAAAAACAUCAAGAUUCUAGUCGUAUUUCAUGAUC